AUGGAUUUCAAGUCCAAGCAUCAAGUAGGAGCUGAAGUUAAAGAUAGGAUAAGUGCAUUACCGGAUGCAGUUUUGUGUCACAUACUUUCUUCCCUUCAAACAAAACUUGCAGUGAGAACGGGCAUUUUGUCACCAAGAUGGAAGAAAAUUUGGGUUUCUGUUCCCUAUCUCGACUUUAAUGAUAGAGAUUUCAAAGACUCUGCCAGCUAUUCAACCUUUGUUGAGCGAGUACUUUUCUUCCGCAGCUCAUCAGACAUUCAAAAGUUUCUUCUUCAUUGCUCCAAGGAUGAGGAUUACUCACGUAUUUGUAGUUGGAUUCUUACUGCCAUUAGACAUAACGUUAUGGAACUUGAUCUUCAUGUUGCCCCACAUGGAAGCCAAAUUUUUGAGUUGCCUAGCAGCCUUUUUGUGUGCAAAACACUGACUAUUCUGAAGCUAAUGUCACCUUUUAUCACCAACACUCCUGCCUCAGGGUGUUUUCCAAGUCUGAAAUGUCUACUUGUAACAGUUGAUUUGCCUAAAGAUAAUGAAUCAAUGUUGAAGCUGUUUACAAAGUGUCCGGUACUUGAAGAAUUGACUAUACAGGGUACUCUUCAAGCAGAUAUUGUUCUGAACGUCAACAUUUCUGCCCCUAGACUGAAGAUUCUAAGAGUGAAGUUUGGUAGCAAUGAUGAUCGUGAGGCAUCUAACUUUUUGGUUGAUGUCCCAAUGCUUGAAUGCUUCGAUCUCAGGGAGGAUUUCUUGUCAAAUUAUAUUUUGAGCAGUGGAAAUUCUCUAGUAAGAGCUAUUCUGGAUCUCUAUGAUCCAAUGUCAAGUGUAGAUCCCGACUUUCCUACUCGCGUAUCUGGACUCCUGUCAGGUGUUUGUUGUCUGCCUGCUUUUAAUAAUCUGACCAAACUGAAGUUGGUUCUUCUUGAAUGCUUUCCCUGGGAAUUGCUAACACGGAUGCUUGAGAGAUCACCUCAUCUGAAGAACCUUGUCCUAGAGCACAGUCUUACUAGCUGCGAUGAUGAUGACUCGUUUGAUGAUGACUCGGAGUAUGACUCAGAACCUGAAGAACCCCCAAAGCCCCAAUGGCAUCCCCCGCAGGCAGUGCCUAUAUGUUUAGUGUCACACCUCGAGACGGUCUCUAUUGAAGGAUUCAAGGGACAGGUGGAUGCAAUGGAAGUGGCAAAAUAUAUCCUGAUGAAUGGUGCAGUUCUGAAAAAGAUGAUGAUUUCCAAAGCUCAUUUGUGCGAAGAAAUUAAGGCCUUAUGUGAGGAACUUUUGACAGUGCCAAGGAUUUCAAAGGCUUGUACUCUCGAAUUUAUCUAA